AUGUCUUACACUGCUCGUCAAGUUGGUGCCCCAAACACUUUGGACUACAAGGUCUUCAUUGAAAAGGAUGGCAAGCCAGUCUCUCCAUUCCACGACAUUCCUUUGUAUGCCAACAAGGAAAAGACCAUUCUCAACAUGAUUGUUGAAGUUCCAAGAUGGACCAACGCCAAGAUGGAAAUCUCCAAGGAACAAAAGUUGAACCCAAUCAUCCAAGACACCAAGAAGGGUAAGUUGAGAUUUGUUAGAAACUGUUUCCCUCACCAUGGCUACAUCCACAACUACGGUGCUUUCCCUCAAACUUGGGAAGACCCAAACCAAGUUCACCCAGAAACUAAGGCCAAGGGUGACAACGAUCCUUUGGAUGUUUGCGAAAUCGGUGAGCAAGUUGCCACUGUUGGUCAAAUUAAGCAAGUCAAGGUUUUGGGUGUCAUGGCUUUGUUGGACGAAGGUGAGACCGACUGGAAGGUCAUUGUCAUUGACGUCAACGACCCAUUGGCUCCAAAGUUGAAUGACAUUGAGGAUGUCGAGACCCACUUGCCAGGCUUGUUGAGAGCUACCAAUGAAUGGUUCAGAAUCUACAAAAUCCCAGAUGGAAAGCCAGAAAACCAGUUUGCCUUCUCUGGUGAGUGCAAGAACAAGAAGUACGCUGAUGAGGUUAUUGCUGAGUGUGCUGAAGCUUGGGACAAGUUGAUCAAGGGUGUUUCUGACGCUGGCGAAAUUGACUUGACCAACACCACCUUGGCCUCUACUUCGACUUACGCCGAAUCUGUUGAUGUGCCAGCUGCUACCAAUGAGCCAGCUGCCCCAAUUGACAAGUCGAUUGACAAGUGGUUCUUCAUCUCUGGUGCUCACUAA